GUUAUGGGGAAGAUAAAGGCACUUAAGAGAAGUAAAUGGGUAUUGGGUUGGGUUAGGAAAAACACAAUCAUUCUCUUAAGCAGAGAAUCGGUUCACACUCAUUACUCUCACACUAUUUUAUCCCUCUCACUCGCUUCAAAACUCUUUACAACUCAAAAACCAAAACCUUCUCAAAUCUUCUUCUUCUUCAUCUUCUUCUUCAUUCACCCUUCUCCAAUGGCGGGUGUUAUGAAUAAGAAGGUCGACAAGAUUCGGCAAAUCGUGCGUCUCAAACACCUCAUGUCGCGGUGGAAGCAAAUGAGCCUCCGCCGCCGCUCCGAGGACCCUUCCUCCACGCGCCGCCCUCCCUCCGGGUUCACCUUCGUCUACGUCGGCCCCGAACGCACGCGCUUCGCUAUCCCCGCGCGUUUCCUCAACCUCCCCGUCUUCGAGGGCCUCCUCAAACAAACCGAGGAACAGUUCGGACUCCGAGGUAACGGCGGUUUGGUCCUCCCUUGCCAAGUCCCCUUUUUCUCUAACGUCGUUAAAUUUCUCCACAAGGACGAACACAAGUACGGAAAACUCUCUCUUCAAGACUUCCUCAACUUGGUCUCCGAUGCUGACGUUUCCGAUUCCUGUAAGGAAAACGUCGUCGUUUUCACCCCUCUGCUGCAGAAAGCAGAGGUUUGACGUCCCCUUUUUCCUUUUCUUUUUCUCAUUGUUAGAAUCUGAAUUUGUAAAUGAACAACUACCCAGGAAUCUUUUUUCUUUUCCUUUUUUUUUUGUAAUGGGUUUUUGGUUCUUCUCAUCCUUGGAUCCACUCCUCAAAUUUUCAAGGGAGGGUUUCAACGAGAUGUCUUAGAACUUUUCCUUAGGCUCUGUUUUUUUUUUUUUCUCUUCUUCUUUCUUUUUGCUAGAUUGGGUUAUCUUUCAAUGUUUGUUUCACCGGAUGGAUGCCCAAUUUUAUGAUCAAAUUUUAGUGAUCAAUGAAGAAUUUCAUGGUUAGUGGUAA